AUGCAGUCUGCAUUCUCACGAUCCAGACGGGACUCUGGUAGAGAGUCUGAUGAGUCAUCUCUAAGAGGCUUGCGUCGCAAACGAGAAUUUACCCCAGAAGAGAAAAAGGAUGCCUCCUACUGGGAAAAACGGCGCAAGAACAACGAGGCAGCUAAGCGCUCACGAGAGAAGCGGCGUGCAAAUGACUACAUUCUGGAAACACGACUAGUGGCAUUAAGUGAAGAAAAUGCAGCUCUAAGAGCUGAACUACUGGCUCUAAAGCUUCGUUAUGGCCUUCUCAGCUCUAGUUGUCCUUACACUGCACAUCAGAGAAGCUUUCUUCAAAUGCAUCCCUACCUCACUCAAACACCAAAUCCCUGCCCAGAGAGAAACUUCUGGGAGAGAGACAAAAUAAGUCAGGAGCCUUCACAAUGGCCUGGAUACCAGCAUACUCCAGUGGUAACAGCUGGUUCAAGCUUUGUUCCCACGCACUCCUUUCCUGUCAGCAGGACCUAUCCUUACAUUUUUGAUGUCCCUGAUCUUCUACCCUCUGCAAAGACACCCAUGGUCUUUGCUCCUGUGUUUCCAACUAUGGCUGCCUCCUUGCCUGAAUUUCCACUAUUAAAGUCUGGGAGUCAGAGGACCACAAUACACAAGGAAAGUGAACAACAGCUGCCAGACAAUGCAAGUGCUGUGCUGCCUCAUAAGCUGAGGCUGAAAAAUCCCAAAAUGUCUGAGGAGAAAGGAAACAGAAUCAAAACCACAUCUCCAUUUCCAAUAUAUUUGUCAGAUUAA